UCACAAGCUAAUUAAAAUGAACACAAACGGACAGAAGAUGAAAGUUCAUAUUGGAAGAUAUGUGUUGAUACUUGCCGUGACGGCUUCUGUUAUAUUACAGCAGCCUGAGUUGGUCACCGGACAAGCUAGAGUUCCGGCUAUGUUUGUACUUGGAGACUCAUUGGUCGAUGCUGGGAACAACAACUUUAUACAAACUCUAGCUCGAGCCAAUUUCCUUCCUUAUGGCAUCGAUUUGAACUUCCGUCCUACUGGCAGAUUUAGCAACGGCCUGACUUUCAUUGAUCUGCUAGCUCAGUUGUUACAAAUUCCAUCGCCUCCUGCCUUUGCGGAUCCAACCACAUCAGGCAGUAGAAUCCUCCAAGGAGUUAAUUACGCGUCUGCAGCUGCUGGCAUCCUCGAUGAAUCAGGCUUCAACUAUGGUGGAAGAUUCAGCCUGAGCCAGCAAAUGGUGAAUCUAGAGACGACACUAAGCCAACUGAGAACGAUGAUGAGCCCCCAAAAUUUUACGGAUUACUUGGCAAGAUCACUUGUGGUUCUCGUUUUUGGGAGCAAUGAUUAUAUCAACAACUACCUUAUGCCUAAUCUCUACUCCUCCAGCAUCAGAUACACACCGCCUGUGUUUGCCAAUCUACUUCUCAGUCAAUACGCUCGUCAACUUCUUACUCUGUACGGCCUAGGUCUAAGAAAGAUAUUUAUACCUGGAGUAGCACCACUAGGCUGCAUACCAAACCAACGAGCCAGAGGUGUUUCGCCACCUGAUAGAUGUGUUGACAGUGUGAAUCAGAUUCUAGGCACAUUUAACCAAGGGUUAAGGUCACUUGUUGACCAGCUGAACCAGCGAUUACCUGGAGCCAUAUAUGUAUACGGCAACACAUAUAGCGCAAUUGGUGAUAUCUUAAACAACCCAGCUGCUUACGGAUUUAGCGUAGUGGACAGGGCUUGUUGCGGGAUUGGGAGGAACCAGGGACAAAUCACAUGUCUGCCCGGGCAAAAUCCUUGUCCCAACAGGAGUCAGUAUGUCUUUUGGGAUGCAUUCCAUCCUACUCAGACUGCUAACUCCAUUCUGGCUAGACGAGCUUUCUAUGGUCCACCUUCCGACGCAUAUCCUGUCAAUGUCCAACAGAUGACACUCCUUCACUAGUUUCUUUUUGUUUUCGUGUUUCUUGGUCUUGAAGUUGUAUGUUAUAAUGGUUGAACCUAUCAAUCUAUGAAUAUCAAGCUGAAACCAAAAUGCUUUUACUGCAAAA